AUGGCUGACCUGAGACGAAAAGAAAGUUCAUUAACAGAUAACAAACGACGGAUGAUCAUCAGCGUUCACCGGUACUUUUCAGGUGCUCACAACAAGAAGGAGCAACAUCAAGCCAUGCCACUAUGCAAGCGUGUUGCAACAGCUCUUGGGAUUGGGGAGGGAACAGUUGCAAGAGUAAUUGCUGACUGGAACCAGAGAAAUGACAGCAAUUUUACAGCGCAUAAAAUGAUCAGCAGACCACUGUCACGAUC